GCCCGAAACAAUAGAUGGAGACUGUCAGAGAAGCAGGCAAGCUUAAUCUUUCAGCAGAUAGUAAGGGCAAUCCAACAUUGCCAUGCAAGAGGAGUAUCUCAUAACAGUCUCAAUCUGGAUAACAUCCUGAUAGAGAUGCCUACAGAGCAGGUGAAGGUUAUCAACUUCAGUUACGCUCUUUUCUUAGAGCCAGAAGAGGGCACUCGCUCUGCCGGGUUCUAUGCACCUCUUGGAUGUUUUCUGCAGGACAGACGCCAAACAGUCCCUUUAACUGUGAAGACCCUUGGUGUAUUGUUGUAUGAGAUGCUAUGUGGUGCUCUGACCUUUGGAAGAGAACUGGAAAUUAUGCACAACAUAUUUACAUGUGAAAGAAAACUGAGUAUUGAAUGUAAAGAGCUAAUUCAGUGGUGCCUAAAGCCCUUUCCCAAUGAACGCCCAUCUCUAGAAGAAAUCAUAAUACAUCCAUUUGUUUCAUUCUGCCAUCUGUAUCAGAAACUAUCAUGAAGAAGUCCCUGAGAUUAAAGGCUAUUACAAAGAAAACAGAAAUCUGAUCUUCAAUCCUGAGGUCUUUUCUGUUUAAUGAAAGGGCCGAGUUUAUUCCAGCGUGACAAACUUGCCUGCACCAUUUUGUACUGAGGCUGACAGUGUCGCAGUUUGAUGUGCUUACACUUUUCAUGGGACCUAAAGAUAGAACACAUACUUGAGGACAGGCAUUGUUGGCCCAAGUCAG